UCCACCUUAGUUGAAGUUGACCCUUCUGACUUAUCUCUAAAACCCUUUUUCCAUGCAUUAUCUCCCCCUCCUUCCGCCAUGGCAACGCCACCACCACCACUCUUAAAGAUCGACCUUUGGGCCAUCCGUUCUGGAUACAGCCGGAUAAUCAAAGCCCACUCCCGCCACUUCCUAGCUCUCUCACUCCUCUUCCUCCUCCCUUUCUCUUUCUUCUUAUCCAUCUACCCCUUCAUCGCCAUUGAAUCCUACCUCAGCUUUCUUCAGCAAGAUCCCUCCAUCUUCCCCACUAAAAUCUUUAUCCUAAAUCUCCUUUACACCAUCCCCAUCUCUAUCUUCUCCCUAUUGGCCACCGGUUCCAUCACUUAUAGCAUUUUCCACGGCUUUUACGGUCGACCCAUCAAGCUUUUAUCCGCUAUUAAGGCGGCUUUCACUUCCUUCUUCCCUCUCUUCUCGACUUGCCUUGUAACCCAGCUUAUCGUUUCUGGGAUCAGUUUGAUCCUUGGUUUAGCCUUUUCUGCAGUAGUCAUUUUAGGCUUCCAAGUUCAUUACCCUUCACCUUAUUUUAUUUUCCUUUGCCUUGUUUACGUGAUUAUUCUCUUGUUUAUUGUGGUUCAUUUACAAGUGAAUUGGAUAUUUGCUUACGUAGUCGUCGUCGUUGAAUCAAGCUGGGGGUUUGAACCAUUAAAGCGAAGUCGAAAUUUAGUUAAAGGAAUGAAAGGGGUUGCUUUGAAGAUUAUACUGCUUUUCGGCUUCGUAAUUUCCAUUAAUACCUGGCGCUCAGUUAUGACAUACAGGGAUUCAGCUGCUCAUAAAUGGACAAGUUGGGUAUUUGUUUUGAAUAUGGACGUCACUUCCACCUUCUCUAUGAUGUUAAUGUUUUGUAAUUUAGCUGCAAAUACAGUUUUCUAUAUAUAUGCCACGGCUGUACAUGGAGAGCUUGCUGAAGAUGAGGAAUUUGCAGUUAAGAAUUCAAGUUUGGCUGUGGAAGAUGCAAAAGUUCCUCGCGUUGUUUCAAUGGUUUAAUGCUUGAUGAAAACAGGUUAUCGGAAACUCGAUCGGCUGGAAGUUCGUUAGAGAUCUAUCGCACUAUCUAGUGGACAAUUUGGUAGUUGUUCAAUAUUUUGGCUAUUGUUUAUAAUGGCACGUAUAGGGUGCCUUGUAAUGAUAUUAUGGUUUAUGUAUUAAUUAUGUCUUGGCAAGUUUAAGCUUUGGAAAGCUAUGUUGAUUUGAUUCACUUUGAUGCCUUACCAAGUUAUGAUGUUUUGGUAA